UUGCGAUAUUAUUAAGAAAAGUCAUUCUGUUACCUCAGUCAGGCGUCGCUACUCGCUACUAUUAUCGUGUAAAUUUGAGUCUCAUCAAUUAUUGCAUAAAUAUAAAGAAAAAUACCGAUCUCGUAAGAUUUUCAACAGUGUAAUAUUUAUUUGAGAUCGUUCAUAUUGUGAAGGAAACAGAUGUUACGGGGGAUUUUGAUAUUACAUAUGUCAUAUGUCAAUCGUCUAAACGUGUUUCUAUCAAUUAAAAAUACGCAUCUUAUCGCAAUUUAAAUAUAGUCUUAUUUUAGUAAAGAUACUAAUAAUGGACAAAUUUAAUUGCUCUUACGAUCGUGUAAAGUUUGACGAAGCCUGCGUAAAUGUGAUAUCUGAUAAUGGAAACUUUAACAAGUGGCUGUAUUCGCUUUCUAUGGAUUGUUUAUUAUGUCCGUAUAAACGAAUAGCGCAGAUUUCAAACAAUAUCAGUCUAAAAUUCAGUACGAUCGAAACAUUAAAGUGGAGAAUAUUAAACAAUAAUGGAAGUGAGAAAUAUGUAUCUUCCAAAAUUACAAGCAAUAUUGUUUGCGAACUGACGCCGCAUUUAGGGCAAUAUGGUUUAUACGAAUUGGCAGUACAAAACAACAAUUGUAAUUUUAAAAUUAUAAAGAAUCCAACAUAUCCGUACACAGAACUUUUCAUUACUUUGGGAGUAAUUAUAUUUAUCUUAUGUGGUAUAUCUGCUGGAAGAUCUUUAUGGUAUAUGAUCACAAAAUGCGUUACAGGUGUCAAGGAUGAAUCAAAUAAUAAAGAACUAACAAAACGUCGCGUAAGAGCAAUCGAUACAUUCAGAGGGGCCAGUACUCUUUUCAUGAUUUUUGUUAAUGAUGGCUCUGGUAGUUAUACCAUAUUGGAACACACAAUUUGGGACGGCAUGUUACUAGGAGAUAUAGUAUUUCCUUGUUUUAUAUGGAUUAUGGGUGUUUGCAUUCCUAUAGCUCUAUCGUCGCAGUUAAAGCGUGGAGUUUCUAAACUUCAAAUAAGUUAUUCCAUUUUAAAGAGAAGUUUCCUUCUAUUUCUGAUAGGUGUUUCGCUGAAUACAUUAGGAACAGAUGCGCAAGUGGAAAAUAUACGGAUAUUUGGAGUUCUUCAACGAUUCGGAGUUACUUAUCUAGUCGUUGGCCUAGUGUAUCUCUGCUUUCCACCCCAACAAUCAAAAAUUCUUCGGAACCCAUCACCGACUUGGAUAAUGCGGAAAAUGCAAGACGUAUUAAGUCUUUUGCCACACUGGUUUGUAAUGCUGAUUUUAGUAAUUGUACAUUGCGCUUUGACGUUUUGUCUUCCAGUUCCUGGAUGUCCCACUGGAUAUCUUGGACCGGGUGGAAGGCAUGAAGAUGGUAAAUAUUUUAACUGUACUGGAGGUGCAACUGGAUAUAUUGAUAAAACUGUACUGACCUUAAAUCAUAUUUAUCAAUAUCCAACUAGUCAACCUGUUUAUGGAUCCGUUCCUUUUGAUCCCGAAGGAAUUUUAGGAUGUCUUACAGCGAUAUUUCAAGUAUUUCUAGGUGUACAUGCUGGUACAAUUCUGAUGUUAUAUAAAGACUGGAAGGAUCGUGUUAUGAGAUGGCUUUUGUGGGCAGUGUUUUAUGCUUGUCUGGGUUGCGCCUUUCAUUUCACUAACACUAUACCCGUUAAUAAAAAUUUGUGGUCUUUGUCAUUUGUAUUCGUUACUACUUCUUUUUCUCUGGCUUUUCUUUCUGGUUGUUAUUUGCUGAUCGAUGUUGCUCAAAUUUGGCGAGGUGGCCCUUUCAGAAUCCCCGGCAUGAAUGCACUGCUGUUAUAUGUGGGUCAUGAAAUGUGUUAUGAAAUCUUUCCAUUCCAUUGGAGGAUCGGCGCCAUGGACAGUCGUGCUUUAUGUUUAAUUGAAUCAAUUUGGGUGGUAAUCCUUUGGGCUAUUAUAGCGUAUAUUAUGCACCGUAAACGAACAUACAUCACACUCUGAAUAGUAUAUCUGUUUAUAGCACGUUAUUACACACAUUAUAUUUUUAAUUUAUUUCGCAUAUUAACAGACUGA